AUGUGGUGUAUUUUGCCUGUUGCAAUAGAUUAUAUCUCUGUGAUGUGGCGCAUACCGGAUUAUAUCUAUGUUCUAAUGGCCCAAAUAAAUAGUGACCCUUCAUUAAACCAUUCAGAGGAAGCAGCUCACUUCAAUCUUGGCUCAAAUGGCUUGCAUUACUACGUUGUGAAACCUUGUCCGAUAGAGCAGUCACGAGCCAAUUCUCCACUUUUUGGAUUCUAUCACUGUCAAACAUGCAAGCUACUCCUAACUGUUCGUCAAGAUCUCUCUCGACUGGCUGUUGUCUGUUCUAGGUGCUUUGAAGCUACACCGAUUCGGAAUCCACCACCCGAAAAACGCUUUUACCGAUGCAUUUGCCACUGUCUGCUACUAGUCCCACGGCAUCAAAACAUUUUUGCUUGUCCUCGCACUUCUUGUCGCACUGUUCUGGUGACCGAGGUGGCCAAAAAGAAUCCACAGUUGAUUUCCAACUUUCUCGAUGAGCAUUUGGAGGGACUGAAACGCCCGGCCAGUCUUCCUAAUCUUCCUUCUCUACCUGAUAGAGAUUCUACCAAAACUAAAGAUUGGCGAAAAGUUUCCAUAAGUUGCGGCUACUGUAAGGAGUCUUUCAAGGCUAGUCCAGGUCUCGAUCUCACAGCAGAAAUUCUUUGCCCUGAAUGCAAAAAUGUCUCGGCUGUGACACCGCGCUUUCCACGUCGUAUGACCAGACAGUACAUCCUCUAUGGUCUCUUUCUUCUCCUUGUUUCCUCUGCAAUAACGCUGGGAUCCUAUUUCAAUCGUGAGUACAACAGUGGCGUAUACUGCAUGACAGUGGGUAAGUCAGAUGAAUUUCUUUCAUCUUGGCACACCUAUGGCGAGACCGAUUAUUGA